GAAGAAGCAGAGCGCCAUCACUGCACGGCUUGAAGUGUAUAAGAGCGCACCGUGAAGUAACUAUAAGUGCAUGUUGUGAAGUAUAUAAGUGUGGAGGAGGACCUAAGGAGCGAUACAAAGCGUUACAGGUCAAAAGAAGAAGAAGAAGAAGAAGGCUGUGCUCGGCGGUCGGCGGCUAAGCGACGUACACACGAGGCGGCGCGGCACCGGCGGUGAGGUGGAGCAAGGAUUUUGGAGUCUGUCAGCCCCACACUGGUGCCCUCACGCCUGUACCCAGCCCUGCACCCCGGGAGGUAGGCAUCGCUCCUUCCUCGUCCUCUAUUACCAAGCUUUCCUGUGGCCGGGACUGUGUGGCUAAGGGAUGACGACCUACACUGAGGAAUACAUAAGGAACAAGCUCACCACAGAACUUGAGGCCUCUCAUGUUAGUGUGGAGGACCUGAGUGAUGGGUGCGGCGCCAAGUUCAGUGUGGUGGUCGUGUCUCCAAAGUUCUCAGGCAAGCCAUUACUACAGCGGCACAGGCUGGUGAAUGCGGCACUGCAGGAGGAGCUGAAGGAGAUCCACGCCUUCUCCAUGAAGACUCUCACGCCCGAGCAGUGGCAGGAACAGCAGCAGUGACGGGAGUGACGCCAGGCAGCAGCAGCCACAACCAGCAGAAGUACCAACACAGCAGCACAGGGGCAGUAGUCACGGCACAGCAGCAGUCUGCAACAACCACGUGUCUUCGAACAGCAGAUAUCGGGUGGCGGCCAUGGCUGGGGCCGCAGCAGCAGCAGCACGGGCCGCGUCGGGUGAGGGGGGCGAGGUUUGUGUGAGUGCCCCCGGCAAGGUGAUCCUGCAUGGCGAGCACUCCGUGGUGUACGGGCGCCGCGCCGUGGCCCUCAGCCUGGACCUGCGGACCACCCUCACCCUCACGCCGGGCGGCACCCACCUCACGCUGGACCUGCCGGCUGUAGACAUCAAGAAGUCGUGGCCGCUGGGGGAUGUGGAAGAUCUGUGGACGCGGCUGGGGCGGCCAGGCGAGGCGUGCGCUGCACCCCUGAGCGAGACACAGGCGCAGCAGGUGCGAGAAUUCCUGGCGCUGCCCGAGGACCCUUCCGGUGGGCCCCGCAGCCUGGCUCUGCUGUCAUUCUUUCAGCUGUACCUGGCCAUCCUGCCCCGCCCCCUGCCCGCCACCUUCGCCGUCACCAGCCAGUUGCCCACCGGUGCCGGCCUCGGCAGCUCCGCCGCCUACGCCGUCUGCUUGUCCGCCGCCCUGCUGCGGCUGGCCGGCAGGGGGAACGGGCCCUGCCUGGAGGAGGUGAGUGCCUGGGCCUUCCGCAGCGAGCAGGUGGUGCAUGGCACGCCCUCAGGCAUCGACAACUCCAUCUGCACCUUCGGCGGUGCUGUCAGCUUCAAGGCGGGGCAGUGCUCGCCUCUGGGAGCGUCGCCGCUACGCGUGCUGCUGGUGAACACCGGCGUGCCGCGGAGCACCAAGGCGCUGGUGGCGGCGGUGGCGGCGAGGCGGCGGCGGCUGCCCGAGGUGGUGGAGCCGCUGCUUGAGUCGCUGAACGCCCUGGCGGAGCGCGGCCUGCAGACCCUCGCCGCCCUGACCGCCGCGACCAGUCCUCAGGAGGAGGACGAAGCCCUAGCGGUCUUGCACGAGCUGGUGGACGUCAACCACGCCCUGCUGGCCUCCCUCGGGGUGUCCCACGCCAGCCUGGAGAGGCUGGUGGGCGUGGCCGCCACUCACGGCCUGCACGCCAAGCUGACUGGAGCGGGCGGCGGCGGCUUCGGCGUGGUUGUGCUGGGGCGCAGCGACACCUGCACGGCCCAAGAGGACAGUUGUAGACAAGUGCUGGAGGCUGCAGGCUACCAAGUAUGGCACACCACCCUGGGGGGCCCCGGCCUCAUCUUCCACUAGUCGCACACCCUCUUGGCUGCCUGGAGGCCUCGGCGGCACCUCUCAUUUGUUGGCUGUUGCCUGGCCCGACACGCACCGCUCAUGUCCACUUACCUGUGCGUGUCCCGCCAGUCCGCCGCUGCUCCGGCAACAAGAAUGCGUCUCACUGAGUCACUGUGUCAGGGCAUUGUGGCAGUUAAGCACUAAUUCACUUUUCAAUCACUGCUGGAUUUAAUUGAUUCACUGCUCUCUCUCCCUCUCUGCUGUUUUGUUUCAUACUUGUUUGCUGUGGUAAUUAAUAUAUGUUGGAGAGUAAUAAACGGGCACUAUCAAUCAA